CACAGAUCUCGCCGGCCCCGUUGCACGCGCCGCGCAGCCUUUCCUUUCCACUCUGCACGCGCCGGCAACGAACGGUUCCUCCCUACCGUUUGAACGGUUCGGGGAACUGGGUCGGGCCCGUGUUCGACCGAUCGCUUCCUUCCUUCUUUCCUGAGUGGCAGACGGAGGUUUUGGUUUGGCCGCGCGCGGUUCUCUCCACGGCGGUGGCGGAUGGGGUGCAAGGGGUCCAAGCACGCGCUGCAUGGCGGCGGCGGCGCCGCGCUGGAGCCGCGGAAGUGCGCGUCGGGGCUCGUGGCGCGCCACUCCGUCGCGCUCAGGUCGUCCACGCUCGGCACGCUCAGCCUCGACCGCGCCACGGCCGCCGCGGCGGUUUCUUUCGCCGGAGGGGAGGGGGCGGGGGCGACGGCGACGACUGCGAGGCCCGGGAAGGAGGGCGUGUCGGGGAGGUGCCGGUCCUUCGCCGGGUGGUUCCCGGCGUCGCCCAAGGUGGAGCCGGGCCAGCCGGUGAAGCGGCAGAGGCUGGCGCCCCCGCGGACGCCCACCAAGACGCCCGCGCGCGACCCCGAGGAGAUCAACGUGUGGGAGCUCAUGGACGGGCUCGACGACGACGGUGCGGAGGACGAAGAAUACGAUGAUUGCCUGGACGGGCAGGUUCCGUCGGCGUGCGGAUCGCCCGAGUUCGACCCCGACGUCCUGUCCGCGUUCCGGGAGGCGCUCGCCGAGCUGUCGCCCCCACACCCGGACGCCGACGUCGUGAGCGACGGAGGAGCCGUCGUCAAAAAGGAGGAAAUCCAGGUGCUCGACGACGUCGCGAGCGACGGAGGAGCCGUCGUCAAGAAGGAGGAAAUCCAGGUGCUCGCCGACGUCGCGAGCGACGGAGGGGCCGUCGUCAAGAAGGAGGAAAUCCAGGUGUUCGGCGGAGCCAUCGUCAAGAAGGAGGAAAUCCAGGUGUUCGCUGACGUCGCGAGCGACGGCGGAGCCAUCGUCAAGAAGGAGGAAAUCCAGGUGUUCGCCGGCGUCGUGCGGGCGCGGCUCGACGUGCUCCAGGGAAGGAUCGACAGCAGGUCACAAAAGAAUCCCCCGCCGCCCCCGCCCCCGCCGGAGAGCGCGAGGCGGGUGGUUGUGUACCUGACGAGCCUCCGCGGCAUCCGGCAGACGUACGAGGACUGCUGGGCGGCGAGCACGAUCCUGUCCAGCUACGGCGUGCACGUGGACGAGCGCGACCUGUCGAUGCACGCCGGGUACAAGGAGGAGCUGCGCGACGCGCUCGGCGCAGGUGCCCCCGCCUCAGGCACCGGCGUGCUGCCGCAGGUGUUCGUCGACGGCUGGCACCUGGGCGGCGCCGAGGAGGUGCGCCGCAUGCACGAGUCCGGGGAGCUGGCGGAGGCCCUCGAGGCCUGCGAGCCUGCGCCGGGCGCCGCCGGCGGCGGGAAAGAGGGGCCGGGGGGCUUCGCUGCGGAGCCGUGCGGCGGGUGCGGGGGCGCGCGGUUCGUGCCGUGCGACGUCUGCUCCGGCAGUUGCAAGGUGUUCGUCGAGGACGAGGACGGCCCCGGGGCGUUCAGGCGGUGCCCGGACUGCAACGAGAACGGGCUACUGAGAUGUCCAAUCUGUUAAUGAAACCUCUCUGUUAAUUGCUUGAUUUAUUGUUGUUGUUGUCAGUC